AUGGGUACGACACCACCUGCAACGGAGCGCAAAGUCGACUUCGUCAUUGAGGAACAGGACUUGGGAAGUAUGCCACUUACUCAGCCCCAAGUCUUCAACAAUACCCUCUCUCGCCGCCUCAGUCGCCCUACGCUUCCUCCUUCGCUCCCCUCCCAGACACCCUCCGCCAAAUGGAAGCGAUCGGAGGGCUUUUGGCGAUCAUUCGUUGCCAUAUGCAUCCCAUUACUUCUCUCCGCUCUCGAGGGAAGUGUAACUAACACCGCCCUCCCUACCAUCUCCGAGGCCUUGGAUCUCGGCACCAAAUUCUCCUGGGUUGCGACCGCGUUCCUUCUCGCGAGCACCAUCUUCCAGCCCCUGUACUCUCAGUUUGGAGAUAUGUGGGGAAGGAAAACGCCUAUGAUGACUGCUGUUGCCGUCUUCGCAGUGGGCUCAGCAAUUUGCGGUGGCGCUCAGAGCGGCGCAGUGCUUAUUGCUGGACGCAUUGUCCAAGGUCUAGGAACCGGUGGCAUUGAUCUGUUUGCCGAGAUGAUUCUCUGCGAUAUCGUGCCAUUGAGAAAGAGAGGUCCGUACUUGGCGAUCAAGCACGUUGCUUUCGCCGCUGGCACCACACUCGGUCCACUUCUCGGAGGAGUCUUCGCUGAACACGGGUGGCGAUGGUGUUUCCUCAUCAACAUACCCGUCUGUGCCAUCUCCCUGGUCGUUAUCUGGCGCUGGCUAAAUGUCGGUGGAAGUAACACUACCCCAGAAACAACCCUUCGACAAGAGUUGAAGAAAGUGGAUUACGUAGGAAGCGGCAUGCUCACGGGUUCCGUUCUGAUGCUUCUCGUCUCCCUCAGCACAGGCGGCGCACCAAAGCCCUGGUCUCACUUCUCCGUUGUCAUACCCAUGGUCUUCGGUAUCCUUGGUCUCAUCGGCUUCGGUUUCUGGGAACGCUGCUCCUACUGCAAAUACCCCAUCAUGCCACCGCACAUCUUCUCGAACCGCACGACAAACAUCGCUUUCGCAUUGACAACCAUGCACGGCUUCAUAACUUACGGUUUCCAAUUCUAUCUCCCGCCUUUCUUUCAAGCAGUCAAGGGCUCCUCGCCCACACAAUCAGGUCUAGAAGUCAUGCCCACGACCCUCGUUAUCGUUGUCCUCGCCGCAGUUGGCGGCCCCUUACUCAGCUACUGGGGCAAAUACAAACCCAUGCAUAUCAUCGGCUUCGCUUUGACGACCCUCGGCCUAGGUCUCUGCACACUGCUCAACGCUAAGUCCUCAAUUGGCGUCUGGCUCUCCCUCCAGCUCAUCACCGCAGCCGGUCUCGGGAUAGUCAUCAGCACCAUGCUCCCCGCGGUACAAGUCAAACUCCCCGAAUCCACAACCGGCGCAAGCGCAGGAUCCUGGGCCUUCCUCCGCGGCACGGGCUCUCUCUUUGGUGUCGCCAUCCCCGGUGCCAUCUUCAACGUUCGCUUCGCAUCUCUCCUUCCUACCAUCUCUUCCGCAACUGCUCGCGCUAAGCUGGAAAAUGGUCAGGCGUAUCAACGCGCUACUGCAUCUUUCAUCACCACACAAGCCACGUCACCCACCAUCAAAGCCGAGAUAAUCAAUGCGUUUACCCAGAGUCUGAAGUGCGUGUGGAUCGUUUUCGCGGUUCUAGCGGGAAUCGGGUUUUGUCUCACGUGGGGUGAGAAGGAGUACAAGAUGCGGAAGGAACUUAAUACGGUGUAUGGGCUCAAGGCGAAGAAGACGGGGGGAAGUGCGUGUACGACGCCAGGGUUCGUGGAUUCGGGGGUUGCCACACCGGUCAAUGUGGAUAGCAGUGAUGAUGAGGUGAAUAAGCCGAACGGGGAGGAUGACGGGUGUGCGGUUGAGAUGGAUGAGGAUGAUGUUGAGUUGGGGGAUAUUAGGAGGAGAAGUGGUGAGGUGUGA